AUGUUGCCAAGCGCCGUGCACAAUGUGAGCCUGGUUUACGCCCUGGUGUGGACCAUCGACAACUACUAUGGCACCGCGACGAGCACCCCACUGGCGGUGGUGCAGUUCGCCACCAGUGCGGAGAGUCGGGGACUCCACAACGACCUGAUUGACGCCGCCCUGGGCAGGUCCUCGGGCACGGGGAGGAUCCAGUUCGUGCUGGAGGAUGAUCGCGUGGAGAGCGCGGAGGCCACGAAGGAGCUGCCUCCGCCGAGCGGAUUGACCGGCAGACCCAUGGCCAUUUGGUUCCUAGACAGCCUGCGAUCAUACUUCAGGUUGGAGAUGUACCUCAGCCAGCUGGGCAGUCCCUACAAACGGAACGGCUUCUUUGUGGUGGUCUACACCGGAGUGGAGGAUCGGCCCAUGGAGUCGGUGAAGAUCAUGUUCCGGCGGCUGCUCAACAUGUAUGUGCUGAAUGUGAACGUGUUCCUGCAGAGGGAGGGAACGGUCCAGCUGUACACCUACUAUCCCUAUGGACCGCAUCGCUGUCAGUCCUCGCUGCCGGUUUACUACACCGCCUUCCAGGAUUUGCCGCCGCCGGCGACGGGAUACGGACUGACCAAGCCGCUCUUCCCCAGCAAGCUGGCCAACCUGCAUGGCUGUCCCCUGGUGGUCGUCACCUUCGACCACCGGCCGUAUGUGAUCAUCGAGGAUGAUCCCGAGGUGCCGGGCGGCAGGAUCAUGCGCGGCAUCGAGGGCAUGAUCUUCCGUGCCCUGGCCGAGCGGAUGAACUUCACCCUCAAAAUGGUGGAGCGACAGGACAAGGACCGCGGCCAGAUCCUGCCAGAUGGAAAUUUCACGGGCAUUCUCAAAAUGAUGGUCGAUGGCGAGGCAAAUAUGACGUUCGUGUGCUUCAUGUACAACAAGGCGCGUUCGGAUGUGAUGCUGCCCAGCAUUUCCUACACGAGCUUUCCGAUUGUCCUGGUGAUUCCGGGCGGUGGAUCGAUGACGCCCAUGCAGCGCCUGACCCGCCCCUUCCGUUACAUCAUUUGGUCCUGUGUCCUGGCCAGCCUGCUCCUCGGCCUCCUGAUCAUUGCCCUGCUGCGGAUCAGUGCUGUGCCGCGUAGGCUGCGGAACCUGGUGCUGGGCCGGCACAACAAUGGUCCGUGCCUGGCCAUGUGGAACAUCCUGCUGGGCGGCCUGGCGCUUUUCAAUCCGCGCAGGAACUUCGCCCGGUACCUCCUGCUCAUGUGGCUGCUGCAAACCCUGAUCCUUCGGGCCGCCUACACGGGCCAGAUGUUCCUCCUGCUGCAGGACGUGGAGGUGCGAUCGCCGCUGCAGACGCUCUCCGAGGUGCUGGCCAAGGGCUACGAGUUCCACUUGCUGCCCACCUUGCAGAUCGUCUUCCACGACUCGAUGCCCAGCACCCAUGUCCGGGUGGUCACCACGCAAGAGGCCUCACUGUACCGCCUGCGGGACGAGGAGGAUCCGGGCAUUGCGGUGCCGGUGCUGCAGCCCACCGCCUACCAGUUCGACUACCGCUCGGGGCCAGGGGCCAGGCACCUGACCACCCUGCCCGAGCCCCUGAUGACCGCCCCCCUCACCCUCUACAUGCGACCGCACUCCUACCUGAAGCGCCGCAUCGACCGCCUGCUCAUCGCCAUGAUGUCCUCGGGCAUUGUCUACCGAUACCGCCGCAUGUACCUGGACCGCAUCGAACGGCUGGCCAAGGUAAGGAACAUGGAACCGAGUCCACUGACCAUCUGGCGACUCGGCGGCGUCUUUGUCUGCUGUGCCGCCCUCCAGCUGCUGGCCACCCUCGUCUUUGGCCUGGAGCUUUUUUCCAGGAGGCAUCCGCGGUUACGCAGCACUCUGAAUGCCAUCAAUCGGUACACGGCAUAG